AUGCCCCUUCGUGGCUCCUGUUCCUCCCUAGCAGGGAUGGCGCUCCACCGGACCCAGAAGCUGAACCUCUUGCGGCUGUUGGUGCUUCUCACUGUGGUGCUGGCGGCCAUCAAGUAUUUCUUCAGGGACAGGUGAGUAUCUUUCGGACAGGCAUUGCUGUCUUGCAAGGUGGGAGUGGUGAGCCUGCGGCCCUCCCUAGAUGUUGCCGGACCCCAAACUUCCAUCAUCUCUGACCAUUGGGCCUGCUGGCUACUGGGAGCUGGAGUCAGCCAACAUACCAGGGAUGGCCAAAGGGUCCCCCAUACCUGUUAGUCUUCCAGGGUCCCAUAAAUGGGGCUGGCUCAAAGCUCUUUUGCAGCCAUGGGUGGAAAUCAAUGUUUGCCUAUUGCUCUGGGGCUGUUUCAAGAUUGUGGGGUACAGCUGCCUUCCCCAACCCAGUCCCCUCCGGAUGCUCUGGACUAUAAUUCCCAUUGGCCAGCACAGUUGCAGGAUUUCUUUACUUGUUUAAAUACUUAUAUGGUGCCAGGGCUUUGUUUAUUUUAAAAUAUUUAUAGGCUACACUUUUCCUAAGAAUACAGAGAGGUGGUAUAUAACAUAUGAGAUUACAGUAACUUUGAUUAAGACAAGAAUUAAAGCAUCAGAGAGAGCAUAAUUAAAAACUCCCAUAAAAGAUGUAGUUCAAAAUGGCCGUGCUGGCUGGGACCCAUGGGAGUUGUAGUCCAAAAUGGCUGUUUGUCAGGAGCAGGUCAGCAAUAAAACACCCAGUGCCAGAAAAGUUAACUCUUUGUUUGAAGAAACCAAAACAGCUCAGGCCUAGUGAUCCCAGCAACUCUUCCCAGUAGGUCUUGCCCUAGUGAGGCUGUUGCAAGGACUGAAGGUCCCUGCUUUCCCACUGCUCUCUAAGACUCCUUCCCCGAGUCCUUUCCAAGCAACCUGGUGGAAGGGGACCUGGCCACAGCAGGAGAGGGAGACCCCAUGGCUUCUUCAGCAGCCUAUCUCAUCUCUGGCUCCAGCUUCCUCUCCUGCCGCUGAGUCUGGACUACCCUCUUCCCCAGCCUCUCCCUGCUCCCUAAACCCUGUUGCCUCUUCAGCUUCCGGCACCUCCUCCUCCCAGUCUGCCCCCUCUUCUCCCUCGAACCACUUAUCAUCGCCAUCCCACUACCAAUCCCCUAGCUCUGAACCUUCUUCCCCUGGGGGUUCCCCCAGAUGGUGCCUCCCACCACUUCUCUGCACCUUGCCAGUCCAUGACACCAUGCUGGUUGGGGCUGAUGGGAGUUGUAGUCCAAAACAUGUGGAGGUCCCGAGGUUGGGGAAGGGCCUGCUCUUGACAUUAUGGGGAGGAGGAAACUCAGUUCCACAUUUGCCAGCAGCUGCACCUUAACCAUGUUGGCGGUCUUCUACUCUCUUCCACACACACAGCUUCUCCCUGAAUCAAUACAAGGGAUCCAGCCAGGAGAGCAGCUUUUGGGGCAAGGCCGGCGACCUCAAACACUCUGCAGAGCCUCAGGGUCAGUCCUUAGGUAUCCCAGAUGUCAAGGUUGUGGCAGCCGCCGCCCCUGCCAGGCAGGACGCCAAGAAAAAGGCCCUCCAGGAUUUCAGCUUGAUGCAGUUGCGGCUGGUCCAUCUGGACCUCAAGGGAGCAGCUCCAAAAGUAUCCUACCUGGAGCAGGUGAGGAGGCCCACCUUGAGCAGAGCUUGUACACCAGGUGAAUCCUGGUGCUGGAGAAAUUAUUAUAGAGAGUGAAAACUGAAAUGUGUGUAAAGAGGUCUGAGCAAGUGAUGGUUGGAAUGUGAAGGUUGUGUUUGCAAGAGAACCAUGAGAGAAGGGCAGGUUGACAGGUACAGGAAGUAUUGCUCUAACUAGUAGAAGGAAGUAUUAUGAUAUAGGGACACAAUUGCCCUUUUGUUUCCCUUUCCUUCUAAGUGCUUGUGUUGUUUUCAUAUCUAGUUCGCCACUCUGCACUAUUUGCUGUUUGUGUUGUACCAGCUUUGCAACACCUAAAUAAAUGUCCUGUUUUGCUGACAUCUGGAGUCUGGGUUUGACUGGCCAUCCAGGUGGAACCCAGAGGGUAUUGUACUCCAAUAUUUCCCCAACACUGGAAGAGGGGAGGGGAAGGGAGAGAGGGGGAUAAAGUUGCCAAAUAUUUUACUAACCCCUGUCACUGUGCUUGAUGCCACAGCUUGAGCAGCAGGCAUUAACGGGUGAUGAGGUUUCCUCCAGUGCUUGAACAUAAACGGCUUCCUCUGGAAGGCUUUUAAGUGAACUCCCCCCUACCUUCUUUCCAGAGAAAGCAAUUUAAAUACAAACCACUUUCUCUGCAGAGGGGAGAGUGCUGAAGGUGUGGUCCCACUAUGAACCACCUGUUUGGUGCUGAAAAGACGUCUUCACAGGAGGUUGCUGUAAUUUACUGGCCAGAAGUUAUACCAACUAUGUUUGAACUUAGACAGGUGUCAGUCAUCUGACAUCAUUAUCAUCUCUGGCAAUUGACAUGGGAGUGGUCCCUCCCACCUGUCAAAUGUGGUCUGCAGGGAGAUUAGGAACUGGCCCAUGGCCUGAUCCAGUUAGCACCUGUCAAAACUAGAACCUGGGAGACCAGAGUUCAAAUCCCCACUCAGUCAUGAAGUUCACUGGAUGACCUUGGGCCAGUCACUGCCUCUCAACCUAACCUACCUCAUUGGAGGUGUGUGUGUGUGUUUCACCAUUAUUUUAUUUUGUAUACAUUGUCCUUAACAGAACUGUGCACUUUAGCUGCGUUAUCUCACAUGGAAAGAUUUUUAACCAGGCAUUUAUAAAUCUUCUAAUCAAACAAAUAAACCAGUGAGUGACAGCCAUGCUGGCUGGAGCUGCUGAAAGUCACGCUGGCUGUGGCUGAUGGAACUUUUAGCUCAAAACAUUUGGAGGGCACCAAGUUGGGGAAAACCGCCUUGGAUGGUUGCACUACUGAGCUUAGCAAUGGUUCCCACGAACCAGGAUUGGGCAGUUUGACUACAACUCCCAUAAUCCCUGAGCACUAGCCUUGCUGGUUGAUGGGAGUGGCAGCCCAAUAAGAUCUGGAGGUCCACAGUUUCCCUGCUUCUGAUUUAAGAGAGACCUAUUAGUGGAUUGAAGCCCAGAUGGGACAUCCUUUGUUUCUCUCCUUCUGCCUCCUCUCUGGAGCCAAUUCUAAGAACAGAAGAAGAGCCUUGGAACUGGAUCAGGCCAAAGGGGACCUAUCUAACCCCACAUCCUGUUCUCACAGGGGUCAACCAGAUGCCCUCAAGGGAAGCCCACAAAGCAGGAUCUGAGAGUAAUAGUGUUCCCCCAUUCAUGUUCACCACUUUAGGGUUCCAUUAGGAAUCAUAAGAAACUAAGAAAAGCCCUGAGUCUGCAUCAGUCCCAAAGGGGGGGGGCAUCUAAUCCUGUUCUCGCAGUGCCUGGCCAGAUGCCCCAAAGGGAAGAAGCCCAGAUGAGUCAAACAGCUCUCUCAUUCCAAGGCACAAUUCCUCCAACAGUGGAGGAGAGAAUAUAUUCAUCAGGGUUAGUAGCCAAUGAUCGCCUUCUCCACAAAUUUGUGCAGGUUCCUUUUAAUGCCAUUUGAGGUGGUGGCCCUCAGUGCCAAUUCUGCCAGUUAAGAGUGUGCUUUGCCACAUUGCAGUUGUACCCGUGUGGCAGCUAGAUGGUACAUCUCACAUGUUCUUCCCUUCAGAUCUUCCCGCUUUUCUCCAAGCUGGGUGCCAACGGCAUCCUGAUCGAAUACGAAGACAUGUUUCCUUUCAAGGGAGACCUCGAGAUCCUCAAGUCUCCGUACGCUUACAGGUAAGAGGUCUGCCUCAGUCGCUACUGGCCUGCUGUGUGUGUUUGAUUGGUGCCAUACAGUUUUGAGGGCAUCCAGGCCAAGACCUGACCCUGUGCACCAGAGAGGUGGCGCUCCUUGGAUUGGGGUCUCUAUCCCAUUUCAUUGCCUCAUGGCAGGACCGGCUCUGUGUGGUUUGACUUAUUGGAAGCGGCCUCCCUUUCUGCUCCUACCCGCCAGCUCAACAAGGUCUCUGGGAUGCUGGCAGCUUGUGGCUGACUGGUGCUCUUGUCUCCUGACAGCGAAGAAGACAUUGAGAAAAUCCAGGAGUUGGCAGCGCUCAACAAACUGGAGCUGAUCCCUUUAGUGCAGACCUUUGGCCACGUAGAGGUAGGAGAACCCCCUUCUUCAUUCCAGCAUUGCUGGUCUUUGGUUGCCUUUCUGGUAGAUCUAUGACCUGGUCUCUCCCCUUCCCCCACCCUGCCUUUGGUGUCCAUGCAUACCGUGCUGGCCGAGGCUAAUGGAAGCUGUAGUCCAAAAACAGGGCUGUACUAGCUGGGAAUCAUGGGAGUUGUAGUUGAAAGCAUGCCUAUCCUGGCUAGGGCUGAUGGAAGCUGUAGUCCAGGGUUUCCCAAACUUGGGUCUCUAGCAGUUUUCGGACUACAAUUCCCAUCAUCCCUGACCACUAGGGAUGAUGGGAGUUGUAGUCCAACAACAGUUUGGGAAACCCUGAGCUAGGAGAAGGCAGACUAUUGACAGCUGCCUUUCACCUGUGUGUUUUGUAACCUUAAUGGCUGUGUUGUUUUAAAAUUGUACUCCCCCCACCCCAUAUUUUCUGCUGCUGCUGCUGCCUCCCGUCCCCUCCAAUAGAAUCUUGACCAAUCUUGCUCAGGGGGGGCUAGUCUUUCCUUGGAUUGCCUUCAAGGGAGAAGGGUGUAACUGUUCAGAGUGAUGCAGCCUUCAUAUCUGGUUAGGCCAGUUCUUGUCCAGGGAGCUGGACUCCAGUUGUGCAGCUCAGCAAACAAUGACUAUUUGUUCUGAUUUGUUAAAGGUGCAGAAACUGGUUCUCUUGACCUGGGCGAGCCAGCAGGGUGGGGUGGAUUCUGCACGGAGCAGAAUCUUUAAGAGCAGUCGGAUAGACAAAUUAAAGAUGUGAAGGAGCGUUUUCUUUUUGCAUGGAGAGAAAAUUAUGGAGGCAGCUAGGACUGCUGAAUCUCUGAGUAUCAGGUUGUUUUUGCAGGGAUGCACAGAAUUGCAAAGAAGGAAGGGAUCCCAAGUGUCAUCUAGUCCAACCUUCUGCAAUGGAAGAAUCACAGCUAAAUUGGCUGCAGGAAAGGCCAUAGGAAAGUGGGAGAACAGCUGCCCAGCAUGCAGAAGGUCCCAGGUUCAAACCCCAGCAAGUCUGUGUGGGGCUGGGAAUGUCCUCUGCCUGAAACUCUGGAGGGUCACUGCCAGAUGGUGUAGGCAAUUCUGAGUCCGAUGGACCUAGAUCAGACUUGUACUGCUUGCCAAUCUGUGUUACAGUUGCCCCCAGGAGAGGAGCUGCAAGACGUUUUCUUAACACAGAAACUGCAGUUAGUAUUUUCUACAGUGGUACCUUGGGUUACAUAUGCUUCAGGUUACAUAUGCUUCAGGUUACAGACUCCGCUAACCCAGAAAUAUUACCUCAGGUUAAGAACUUUGCUUCACGAUGAGAACAGAAAUCAUUCUCCGGCAGCGCGGCAGCAGCAGGAGGCCCCAUUAGCUAAAGUGGUGCUUCAGGUUAAGAACAGUUUCAGGUUAAGAACGGACCUCCGGAACGAAUUAAGUACUUAACCUGAGGUACCACUGUAUUUGCUGGACUGCCAUGAAGGACUUCCUGUUAGUAUAUUUUUGGGAGCAGGCGAGUUAAAUGGUUCAGUGUGGACUAGUCACUUGCGAAGAUGCAAUAGAUGGUCUAUGCCAGUGGUUCUGAAAAGGGGUGGUUGGAUUACUUAGGGAGGGCACUAAGAGGCAUGGGGCAGCGGGGGGGGGGGGUUUGUAGGCCUCUCUAAGUGCAUUGAUCUCUUAUUUACAAUUGCCCAGGCUAGAACCUAGAGCAAAACAACUUCCCUGCUUGGUAUUUAAAGUUUUAUUGCUCUUAUCGCUUUCAAAGUGUUUACUAUUCUGAGUUGUCACAAGUCACAGGACAGCCAAGUAUUGGGAAUAGCUAUUGAUUUUCUUAUAAAUUAGUUACCAUACAUAUCUAUGGUAGGUGAACGUUUGUGCGUGUUUAAUAAGUAGUUAUAUAUUAACAUUUUAUGCUAUGUAUUUCCUUACGUUUUCGUUAGGAAGAAGACAUAAAAUUUUUUUGUGUGCAAUGUCUGGUAUCACUGGAUCGAGCUGAUCAGUUUUUUUGAAUUAAACAAAGUAGCUUUAAUUGGAUUUUGAACCAAUGUGCAAUUAAUUGCUACUGUUUUGAAUUUUAUCUUAUUUGAUUUUAUUAUUGCUUUUGAUGCUGUACCCUGCCCUGGGACAUUAGGGUAAAGGGUGGGUACCGUAAUUACGGUAAUUUAACAACAACAAUGUAUGAAUGAAUGAAUGAAUGAAUGAAUGUGCCAUUUUCCUUAGUGGGUCAUGCAAUCCAUUAGUCAGAAUAAUGCUUUUUAUAGGGUAGGGGGCACUGAGGAUGUGUUUACAGAACCAUGGGGGCUGUGGCCCAAAAAAGUUUGGGCACCCCGAUCUGUGCUGUCCCCCUAGGCCUUCCCCUUUCCCCAUUCAUGCCCCAGCUUCCUCUCCUCCUUUCUCCUGCAGUUCAUCCUGAAGCAUGACAAAUACCGGCACCUCCGGGAGGUGGAGCGCUUCCCCAACAGCUUCAACCCCCACGUCCAGGAAACAAUGACCGUCGUGAAGUCUGUGCUGACCCAAGUCCUGAGCAAGCACCCACAGGCCAACUGGGUGCAUAUUGGGGCAGAUGAGGUAAAGGAGCUGGAUGAAGUGGGGGGGGGGAGGUUAGAUAAGGCGAACAAGGUCUGUUCCUCAAUGGUAGAACCCCAUCCUGCAUGAUAAGUACUUAGCUAACUGAAGUCAUUCACAAAACAGUUGUUGAUAGCACAGUCAUCCUGGCAUUGGCACCAGAGUCCUUGAGCUCUGCUCAAGCCUCUCUCUUGCCUUUGAACAAAAGGUAGAAUUCAUAUCUGUUGCUUCGCCUGUUUUGACUCUGGCCCUGCCCUCCACUGGCAUGUGGCCCUCAGAUGGCUAUCCAGAAAGGACUCCACGUGGGUUCAAAUAUGGCCCCCCGACCACUGCUUUAGGAGCAGAGAAUGUUGGUGUUCUUCCUGGUGGCACCAGGCUGGAACAGACUACCUGGGCAGGUGGAGGUCUCUCCUUCAUUGGAGGUUUUUAAACAGAGCUUAGAUGGACAUCUGUCAGGGAUUCUUUAGCAGCAAUUCCAGAACAGCAGGGGGUUGGACUAGAUGACCCCUGGGAUCCCUUCCGACUCUUAUGAUUCUAGGAUUGUUCCCAGCAAAUGCCCCCCUUCCUUGCCAGCAUGCCAGGCAGGCUCUUGACUUGUGAGCCUGCCAGGUUCCUCCUGGUACCAGCCUUGGCCCUGACGUUCGUACCUGGCUCCUCCUGCACUUUCCGUUACCACCUGCCCUCUUUUCUCCUUCUGUCCCUCCAGGUCUUCCAUCUAGGGGAAGGGAUGGACUCUAAGAACUGGAUGAGUCGCAACGCCGGCAACAUGGGCAAGAUGUACCUGAACCAUAUCCGGGAGGUGGUCAGCUUCAUCACUGGCCAGUGGGGUCUGCAUACCCUCCUCUGGGAUGAUAUGCUGCGGAAAGUUGACAUGGCAGCCAUUCAAGGUCCAUGAUGCUUUCAGAGUCUUGUCUGGUUACUCCAGACUUUGCCACCCUGGGUUUCUUUGGGAACAGGAGCAGGAUUUUAUUUUAUUUUAGUUCUAAAGACUUUAUUGCGUAACAGCGCAGCAAAGAACCAAGUGGUGACUUGCUAUUAUAGACCCAUAAUGGAUGCUUAGAUAUUACCUUGGAACAGAAAAAUCUUCUAUUUAAAACCUACAACUGGAUACACAAAAUUGUUUUUUUUGUGAUGGUGGUUGUGUCUCUAGCAGCGAUCAGCUGAGUUGCCUUUAUUUCAUUUGUUUAUUAUCCCAGUUCUAAGUUGUUAAUAAAACUUGGCUUAUUAAACCGUGGCUUAACACCACAUAUGAAUCCUACCCAGCAGCAUAACUAUGGUUUGUUUACUGCCAAUAAACCUUAGUUUCUUGAUGGACACAAACCUUGGUUUGUUUGAACUGUGGUUUGGCAUUAUGUGUGAACCAUCUAGGCCUUUCUGGACUACAGCUCCCAUCAGCCCCAGCCAGCAUGACUGCUGGUCAAGGAUUAUGGGAGUUUUGAGUCCUUCAACAUUCCUGCAGUAGAUGUCUGGGCACAAGGGACUAGGCUUAGGAAAUUAGGGCUAUGGGUCUGAGGACAGCAGUGAAGAGCAGCAGGAUAGAGGGGAGAGAAGGGAUUCGGGAAGAGAGAUUGGGCAGAGAGGAGAUGUACAUGUGUCCUGGGGCCACAAAGCCGUGGAAGAAGGAAGUUCAUAAGCUGGUGUGAAAGAGCCAGCCAAAUCUUUGGCUGCAAGGCUCUAGUCCUUAAUGUCUUGUUGCUGAGGUUGUUGAAUCUAGGGUGGGAGCAGCAGCACCUCCUCUCCACCUUCUCAUUUUGUUUGUCGAUUUAAAUCUUUUCAGACUCUGGCAUUGCCAAACACGCUUCUCCUGUAUUGUGGUUUUACGCCCCGGACUUUGAUACGCAGCAAAUAGGUUUGUGGGGGUUAUUUGUUCAUUUUUAUUAAAUAAUGUAUAUCUUGCCUUUCUAUUAAAAAAAACCGUUUUCAUGGCAGCUUACAAAUGGAACAUUAAAAUACAAGAGGGAAAGCAACUGGCGAAAUUGGCAGAUAAAUUUAGAAUUAAAAGGCGGGGUAAAGAAACCAGGUGUUAGAUGAACCUUCCCAGGAGCCACCAUCAAAAAGGCCCUCUCCCUGCUAUAACCUAUCUCACUUCAGAUAGUUUGGGGGCUGGUCUUGGAGGAGGCGAUCCCUUCAGGUAUGGAAAGACUGGCAGGGAAUAAAGGAGUGGGGACACCAGGAUGUUUUUGUAGAACAUGUACAAUUCUUAUACAUAUAUAUCACAUGUGAGAGUCAGCGUGGUGUAGUGGUUGAAGUGUUGGAGAAGGACCUGGGAGACCAGGGUUCAAAUCCCCACAUUGCCAUGAAUGAGGCUCCCUGGGUGACCUUGGACCAGUCACUAACUUGCCUCACACGAUUGUAAAAUGGGGAAGUCUGUAUGCCACCAUGAGCUUCCAGGAGGAAAAUAAAUGUAAUGAAUAAACAUGCAAACACCCUCCCCCCCCAAAAAAUAAAAGCCAUGGUAGCAUGCUAGCAAUAGAACAAAAUCAGCUCCCUCAAUCAAUAGCCCAGCUGGUAGAGCAUGAGACUCUUAUUCUCAGGCUCUUAUUCAAGCCCUACAUUGGGCAAAUAAUUCCUGCAUUGCAAGCGUUUGGAAUAGAUGACCCACAUGAUCGCUUCUAACCCUACAAUUCUAUGAUUUUGUGAUCAAGGCUGGGGUGGAGGGAGGUAAGUCUAUCCCUGGCACUGAAAGAUGGCACAGCAGACCUAACCCGUCAAUGUCUUCUGUGCAUCCAGGGCGAUCCUUCCUCAUCUGUCUUCUCCCCUGCCUCCUAGGAAAAUACAUUGCCAAGUAUGCAGAGUGUGGCUUCAAGACCAUCUGGUUCGCCAGCGCCUUCAAGGGCACGACGGGCCCCGCUCAGGCUUGGACACCCUUAAACAACCACCUGCAGAAUCACCUGAGGUGGCUGAAGGUCAUCCAGUCCAUGUCGAAGACGCCCUCCAUCCGGUUCCAGGGCAUCGUCCUCACCGGGUGGCAAAGGCAAGUCCAGGGAGGGAGCUCCGCCAUGGGGUGGGAGGGACCUCAGGCCCUCCAGGCAUCUGUGUCUGGCCCUGUUGACUCUCCCUGGGCCACACCCUGUCUGUAGGACACAGCCUUUCUCUCACCUGUCUUCCUCCACUGGACCUCCUUGAGUGCUUUUACUUUGCUGGAAUACAUCCUCGAACCCUGAUAGGUCAACAUUCACAGCACACAUGUAAAGCUCUGUUGGUAGAGUAUGAGACUCUUAAUCUCAGGGUUGUGGGUUCGAGCCCCAUGUUGGGCAAAAUAUUCCUGCAUUGCAGGGGGUUGGACUAGAUGACCCUCGUGGUCCCUUCCAGUUCUUCAGUUCUGCGAUUCUAUGAUUUUAUGAUCUACAGUGGUACCUCUGGAUGCGAACGGGAUCCGUUCCUGAGCCCCGUUCGCAUCCUGAAGCGAACGCAACUGGCGUCCGCGUGUCUGCGCAGGUCGCAAUUCGCCACUUCCGUGCAUGCGCGUGACGUCAUUUUGAGUUUCUGCGCAUGCACGAGUGGUGCAGACACUCAAAAUGACACACUCCAUUAUUUCUGGGUCGCCGCGGAGCGCAACCCGAAGCUACUUCAACCCAAGGUGUGACUGUAACUUCAAACAGUCAUGGCUUCCCCCCCAAAGGAUUCUGGGAGCUGUAGUUUGUUAAGGGUGCUGAAAGUUGAUGGGAGACCCCUCUAAUUCCCCUCGCAGAACUACAAUUCCAGGUGAUUUAACAAUCAACCCCCCCCUCACUAAUAACUCUAAUUCCCCACAUCCAGGGCCUGUGUAUUACUAUUUAGUGGGGAAGGGAAAGCACUCUGUUCAUGUUCAGAGGCAAGUUGUUUAUUCCAACAGGGAGCUGCUUCCUACUGAGCCAGACCUUCAGGGUUUCUCUUCCAGCCCUACUGGGAGUUUCCAGGUAUUGAAUCUGGCACCUUCUUAUAGAAUGGCUUUCUCAGAGAAUCAUAGAGCUGGAAGGGACUCUAUGAUUAUAAUCUAGUCCAACCCCCUGCAAAUCUAGUCCUUAGGGGCCCUUAGGGGAUCAAACUUGCAACUUCGCCAUUGUCAGCACCACUUCUGCUUUCAAAGCAGUUGCUCUACCACUUCCCUAUAGUCCUUCCCUUUAAAAUACAGUAGGAUUCCAGUCUACAUUGUUCUGAAUAUAGGACUGGCUUAAAUAAUAACACAGGAAGUUGCCUUAUACCAAGUCAGACCCUUGGUCCCUCUAGCUUGGUAUUGCCUACACUGACUGGCAACAGGUUUCCAGGUGGGGGUCUUUCCCAGCCCUACCUGGAGAUGUCAGGGACUCCAUCUGGGGCCUUCCGCAUGCAAGGCAGGUACUCUACCACUGAACUACAACCCAUCUCAGAGAAUCCUGAGCUACCAAAGGAAAUAGAGGCUGUUGUUUCUGUGAGCUUUCUGUGGAUUCCCAAUGAAAUGUGGCACCAGGAGGGUCGUGGUGAUAAAUAAUGGGGGGCUCCCACCCAAAAGGUAUCGACUGGCCUCUCUCCUCUCCCUUUGCAGGUAUGAUCACUAUUCAGCUCUGUGUGAGCUCCUGCCUGUGGGGAUCCCAUCGCUGGCUGUGUGUCUGCAGACUUUGGUGAAUGGUGAGGGGACCUGGCUGGGGAGCUGUGCAGCGGGAGGGGGUGUCUGUAGGAAAGGCAGGACGAUGGGUGGAGUAUAAGUGUUGCAGUCGCAUCUCAUGCGCAUUUAACUUGUGUGAUUUCAACCGCGCGUGUGUGGUUGAAGGCAGACUGGCCGAAACUGCGCAGAUUAAAUAUAAGCAACGGGUUGGGUUUAUUUGGCUCAGAAAGAGCUUUUCAGCUCUCUCCUUUGCUUGGAACGGGGGGCGGGGUUAAGUCCCAGUCAGCAUGCCAGCUCUUGCGAGAUCUCACAGGGUCAUCUGAGUUCCUGCGAGAUCUUGCACAAGCAUCUCUAGCGUUCCAGAGCCAAUGCACUGAGCGGGCCUUUCCUCCCAAGCAAGGCAGAGAACUUAACAGCUCUAUUUGCAUGAGGUCUGCUUGGGGUUAAAGGUAAAGGUAAAGGGACCCCUGACCAUUAGGUCCAGUCGUGGCCGACUCUGGGGUUGCGGCGCUCAUCUUGCUUUAUUGGCCGAGGGAGCCAGCGUACAGCUUCCGGGUCAUGUGGCCAGCAUGACUAAGCCGCUUCUGGCGAACCAGAGCAGAGCACAGAAACGCUGUUUACCUUCCCGCCGGAGCGGUACCUAUUUAUCUACUUGAACUUUGAGGUGCUUUCGAACUGCUAGGUUGGCAGGAGCAGGGACUGAGCAACGGGAGCUCUGCCCGUCGCGGGGAUUCAAACUGCUGACCUUCUGAUCGGCAAGUCCUAGGCUCUGUGGUUUAACCCACAUCGCCACCCACGUACCUGGCACAAAAGAGCUGCUAGGCAAGGCUCUGGAAGUAUGGGGGAUUCCCUCUCUUUCCCCUCACUUAUUAGCUGUGUGGGCACCUCCAACAUUUGGGGUAUUUGCUAUUUUUGUGUAUAUGCAGAACCCUUGGCACCAAACCCCUGUGUAAGAUUUGAUUGCAGUGUAUUAAGUGUCUCUCACUCCUUCCUUUACCUUUAAUCUCAGUGCCAAUCAGCUAGUGUUGAACCAGCAGCGGAGCAGCGUAGUCUUCUUUCUUGCCCAUAAGUCACAGAGGACUAGCAGCUUAAAGUUCCCAUUUACAUCACCCAGUUUAGAACCCCAAGUUGCUCUGCAUGGAAGCACUUGCUUCAAUGGAAACUCAGCUGGGCAAAAUAUCCACUAACACAUCCCCUCUCCCGCACCCCAAAUUCUCUUGCCACAGGGGGAUUUACAGAAGCUACCAAGAAGAAGGUUCUGUCCAUGCUUGGCUUCGAGAACAUGCAGUUGGAGAAGAGCAUAUGGUGUGUAGGGGGUUGAAUGGGGCAGGGAUGUCACCUGGUGAUAGGGUGGAGGCAGUUUUCGAGUGGUUGAGUUUCUUGUACCAAGCAGUUGCUGGGCUACUUGUGGAUAGCCAGUGAAGCUGAACGUUGGACGAUUCAGGCCAGGUAAAAGGAAGGACUUCUCCACACAGCAUGUAGUUAAACUGUGGAACUCACUCCCACAGGAGGCAGUGAUAGCUGUUAACCUAGAUCUGGGGUCGGCAACCCUCCGGAGCCGCAUGUGGCUCUUUUACACCUUUGCCGUGGCUCCGGGGCGGAUACUAGCGAGGGGAGGAGGCGCAUUGUGCGCCCCGACACUCCCCACUGUGGCUGGCGCUGUACUGGCUGUGACGUCGCAUGGGGGCGGUGCGUGCGUUAGUCAUGCACCGUCCCUACGUCACCUUCCCGCCCGCCAGCCCGCUACAUUGUAAGGGGCAUGCACGCUGGUUACUGCAUUGAAAGGGGGCAUGUACGCUGGUCACUGUUUUGAAGGGGAGUGAAGAACACACACACACAAAAAGGUAACUUGUUAAUUUAAUGUUUAUUUCUAUGAGGAGGAGUAAUUCUGAGGGGUCAAACAAAGAAAUAAUAAAAAAAAAGUGACAAAAAAGUUAUUUUAUAAUGACGAGUUUUGCGGCUCCCAGUUUUUUUUUCUUCGGAAACGGGUCCAAGUGGCUCUUUUUGUCUUGAAGGUUGCAGACCCCUGACCUAGAUGGCUUUAAACGGGGUGGACUUUGGUAAUAUGGCGCUUUGAGCAGGGACCAAAUCCCCCCCCCCAUAUUUCUUAUUUUCACAAUAAUUUAUUUUGGUACAGUUGCUUUUAAAAUGGAUGUUUUUGGGAGGUACCCAUUUACAGUAAAUAUAGGUCUUACUAUUCAUCAGCAGCAGCAUUAUUUCCUAAAUCUGGCACAGCUUUAAAAGAGGAUUGGACAAAUUCAUGCAGGCAGAGACUAUUAACGGCUAGCAGCCAAGAUUGCUAUACUCUGCCUCCACAUUUGAAGACAGCAAUGCUUAUGAGUACCAUUUGCUGGAAACCAGAGGGGAGAAUACUCCUGUACUUGAAUCCUGCUUGCUGGUUUCCCACUGAAGCAUCUGGUUGGCCACGAUGAGAACAGGAUGUUGGACUGGAUGGGCCACUGGUUUGCUCCAGCAGGCUCUUCUAAUGUUCUUAUGUGAGCAAGUGCGUAGAGAUUUAGCUGGGGGCGAGCUGGCAGCCAUUUGUACACAUCUAACUCAGCAUCUGUGGUGCUUCAACAUUUCUUCCCCCCCCCCCCCCGCCCUUCCUGUGUUUUUCAUUAGUGAUGGCAAUGGGGCAUUUCCAGGUUCUGAUAUCUACCGUAUGGUGGAACAGGUCACGGGGCAGCUAAGAGACUCCGUUAUCAAAGUCCUGGAAGAAGAGAGGUAAGGAGAUCUGGAAUGGUGGCAGGGAGGCUCUGCAGACAUGUGUGUGUGCAUGUCAGGAUGAAACCAAAGUUCCUUCCACCGCCAUAAAAUAAUAAAUAAAUCUAAAUGCAUCUAUUUAACAAAAUCUACAUGUCCCUUGAUUAUAAUAAAGCUUCAAAAUAGCUUACGUAAAAGAAAAAUAAUCAAUGAAUGACAGUCUAAAAAGCAGGUAUUUAAAAAGCAUUGAAACCAACAACAAGCAACAAUAAUCUAAAAAUGGAUUAAGACACAUGUGACUUUUGCCAGGAUCGCUUUGCUUAAACAAAGAAAAUAAUGUUUAAGUAGGUAGUGGAAAGCACAUGUAAAGCAUAGGACUUUCCCCCAAAGAAUCCUGGGAACUGUACUUUACCCCUCACAGCACCCUUAUCAAACUACAGUUCCCAAGAUUCCUUGGAAGAAACCAUGCACUUAAAAUGUACAGGGAGGCUGUGAUGCAAGGCAGCUUUUCCCUUAAAUUUGCCCCCCCCCCCACGGUGCUGGUCUAAAUGGAAAGUGUGGGUGGGGGGGUAGCAGCGCCUGUGUUGCAAGUAGUUUGGGGACAGAAAACCUUUUGGGAUGGCACGAUAUAGUAUUCCUUACCUUCACAAACGACCUUUUCAGAAUUGUCCCAUAGCCAACCUGUGUUCUAUCCCGCCUUACAAAUGAGGUGGAUGUUCAUUGGCGCUCCCAAGUUGACAACAAAAACUAGGAAAUCUGUCUGCUGUCCAGGAUUCUUGUUUACUGAAGCAGGAUGCAGAGGGAGCUGACAGCAGGAGAAGGCGGUUGGAAAAUGGGGAGAACGGAAGAACACAACAUUUGCUCAAAAUCACAACAGUGUGUGCUCAUGGGGGAUAAAGCAGCUAUCCGUGGCUACUAGCCACGACGGCUGUGCUCUACCUCCACUAGUGGAGACAGGAUGCUUCACAAUACCAGGUACCAGGAAUUGCAAGAGGGCAGAGGGCUGCUGCGCUCAGGACUUGCUUGUGGGUUUCCCCAAAGAGGCAUCUCACUGGCCUCUGGGGCUAAAUGAGCCGGCACUUCAUCCAGCAGGACUAUUCUUAACAUUUUUUUUUUUAAGUAAUUUUUAUUAGUUUUCAAAUUACUAUGGAAACACAGAGACAAGUAAACAAGAACAAAAAAAUCCAUAGUAACUCCAGCUAACGGCAGGGCAUUCGAAACCUAAACAUGUUAAAUAAUAACACCCAGUCUAAAAUAACGGCAGUCAUAUUUCUUUAGACAGCGUGGGGAGAGAAACCUGUAACCCUGAAACUUAACUAUAUGAAAUAAAAUUCCACCGUAUGGAAUAGAAGUGAUCAGGAUCUUCCUGUCCCUUAGAGACCCAGAACUUAUGUGGCAUUUCUUCUGCAAUAACUAAAUUCAAUAUAUUUUUGUACUCUUAAUGAGAUAGGUUUUAAAAAUGAUUUCCACUGUUGUGCUGUAGAGUUCCUGUCAAAAGAUCCUUUUGGCAAAAUGUCUUUGUAGUUCACAUAUUUCGUUAGGGAUAAAUGGAGGGAAUUUUGAAAGUGUGUUUAAAUAACCUUUGAUAUCUCCUGAUAAGUUUCAUUGUGGAAUGAAGCAAGGGUAUUCACAUCAUAGAUUGGUGGGGGGAGUCCCUUUGUCCCCACAACCUCUCCAACAGUUCUGUGAUGUAUUAGAAGAAAUAUGGGAACAUUGAACAGGCGUCUUACAUUCUUAACUGUUUUUAGCCUUAAUUUUAAGGUUCGCCCUAAUUAAUUACUUUCCCUUACGGCUGCUGCAUACCUGCACGGCCCCUUAAAUAAAAAGAGCUGCAGAUAAGGAAAGUAAUAGUCCUACUCUAUUCUGCCUUGGUGAGACCCCACCUGGAACGCUGUGUCCAGUUCUGGGCACCACAGUUUAAGAAGAAUAUUGACAAGCAGGAACCGUCUGCAGAGGAGGGUGACCGAGAUGCUCAAGGGUCUGGAAGCCAAGCCUUGUUUAUGUGGAACAGUUGAGGGAAUUGGGGAUGUUUUGCCUGGAGGAGAGAAGACUGAGAGGUAAUAUCACAGCCAUCUUCAGAUAUCUAAUGGGUGGUCCCAUGGAAGAUGGAGCAUUGGCUUCCAGUACGUUUCCGAGCACAAUUCAAAGUGUUGGUGCUGACCUUUAAAGCCCUAAACGGCCUCAGUCCAGUAUACCUGAAGGAGUGUCUCCACCCCCGUCGUUCUGCCCGGACAUGGAGGUCCAGUGCUGAGGGCCUUCUGGCGGUUCCCUCACUGCAAGAAGCCAAGUUACAGGGAACCAGGCAGAGGGCCUUCUCAGUAGUGGCACCCGCCCUGUGGAACGUCCUCCCACCAGAUGUCAAAGAGAAGAACAACUACCGGACUUUUAGAAGACAUCUGAAGGCAGCCCUCUUUAGGGAAGAUUUUAAUGUUUAACACAUUACUGUAUUUUAAUACUUUGUUGGAAGCCUCCCAGAGUGGCUGGGGAAACCCAGCCAGAUGGGCGGGGUAUAAAUAAUAAAUUAUUAUUAUUAUAAGCUUGCUUUCUGCUGCUCUGGAGGGUAGGACCUGAACCAGUGGAUUUAAAUGGCAAGAAAGAAGAUGCCGACUAAACAAUAGGAAGAGCUUUUUGACUGUAAGAGCUGUUUUGACAGUGGUUGGAUGUUCAUCUGUCAGGGAUUCUGGAGCUAGGAGUCCUGCAUUGCAAGGAGUUGGACUAGAUGCCCCUUGAGGUCCCUUCCAACUAUGCAGUUCUUCUUAAUCCUCUGGAUGCGAUUUUAGGGUGUGUAGGACACAGCAGGAACUGUGGAAUAUCCUGCUGGGUUGAGGGAAGAGAGGAAGCAGAGCCUGUGUUACCCAGAGUUCCUGUUCUAAAUAUAAAAGGAAGCAAACAAACCUUUAAAACAAUCAGUUAGCUUCCUUUCCUGGAACAAGCUGUCUCAGCCUUCACACACUGCUGUUUGCUUUGCUUCUUAAGUCGUACCUAUUUAUACAUAUUGAUAGCACAAUUACAAUGUAAUAACAUUCUAGUUCUGAAACUGACAAUUAAAAGUCCAUACUGGCGGUCCGAUCCCCGGGAAUGUUUAUAUGGAAGGCAGGCUGAGACCCUUCUUGCCCUGGAUUGCAGGCCUUCUUUAGACAUUGGCCAGAGUCAACAGAAGAUGAUCUGGAACUGUUUUGCUAGCCUUCCAGCCAGAGAACAACAGGAAAUUUUAAGUGGAGCCACUAAACUGCAGGAAAAGCUGGGCAACAAAGAUCAGGAUAGAAGUUCAGGGAAGAGUUGUAAAUCAAGCAUCCCCAAAGGUGAGAAGAGGGUAGCAGUGCAGCAUUCAGGUUCAAAGAUGCAAAGCUUCAAACUCAACCUCCUUUAGAAUAUAGGUCAGCAAAACAAACCAGAUAAUGCAACUGGCUAAGAUAAAUGGAAAGACAUUGUUUUGGGAGCUGUACAAUUGCGCUUUGGUGGAAUAGCGCAACUAACGCAUGUGUGCAGACUCCAAGUCAGUAGCCACACACACACAAGGAGGGUGCUAAAAUGGUGGUGGUAAGCACCUGUCAAGACAGGGGUGUGUGUGUCAAAAGGGCGGGGUUGCAACACUGUCUCACCCUGUGAGCAGAACAUAGAGAUGUACACCCCCCCCAAAAAAGUGGUGUAUACCCUUAAGUGCAGACCAGGGUGGUCCAACAUGUGGCCCUUGAAGCCUUUUUGGUGGCCCUCAGCAACAUUUGACCACCACCCCAGCCCUCACGGUGCCUUCCCAAAGCUGGUAGGUGAGGCACAUUCCCAAAGCCUAGUUAGUGCUUUCCCAGAUUUGGGAAGGAGGUGGGGAGAACUUUAGGAUGUUGCCAGAGCUUCGUGCCUCCUUCCCAAAGCCCAGCAUCUUGCAUACCUUUGGGAAGGCAGUACAAAGACUGUGUGUGUGUGUGUGUGUGUGUGUGUCAAAUUUUGGCCUUGGUCUCCCCCCCCCCUUUGCUGAGCCCUUUGUCUGGAAGCACCUCAACAGCCAUGUGGACCCACUGUUUUACUUCUGCUUCCAGGGACUGCAGAAAAUUAGACAAGGAAACUGCCUUAGUCUGACCAAUUGGUCAGUCUAGCACAGUACUGUUGGCAGUUGCUCUGCCGCUAAGCUGUGGCACUUUCCCUGUUUUGCUUUUAGCCUUAAUGUAUCAGCAACCCACAUUUCUCACCCCCAGAAGAAAUAGUGUUAGGUAAAGACAUCCGCCAUCUUGAAAACACUCCCCUCCUCGUAGGGGGAGAAACUAAAUUAGACCAGUAAUAAAGGGGAUUUUGGCUGCUGUUUAAAGGAUGCAUUUUUAGUGUCCCUGAUGCUGCUGAGUUAGGAGUCAUGGAAGUUUCAUUGCCUGAGUCAUAGAAUCAUACAGUUAGAAGGGACCUUGAGGAUAAUCUAGUCCAACCCCCUGCAUCGUUGGAAUAUGCAGCUGUUCCUUAUGGGGAUUGAAACUACAACCUUGGCAUUAUUGGCACCACUCUCUAGCCAACUGAGCUAUCAUAGCAUUGAGUGUUUUGAUGCAAUUGCCAGGUCGGUCUUUGUUUGGCUGCUUAAUGGGGUUUCUCUUUCUUUCUUCUCUCCCUGUGCACGACAGCUCUGUCAAGGGAUGGUUCAGUCCUUACCAUCGGAAGCACCAGUUUGGAAACCCUCGUAACCUGGAGAGCUUUGGUAGCAAAGUUCUCAAGUGAGUGAGCACACCCACCCUGCAAGUGAUUGAGGGGUGGGGUGGGAAGGCAAGGGGGUGGGGGCUCAGUCCUUUAUUUAUUUAUUUAUUUAUUUACUUACUGUGAGGUAGGUUAGGCUGAGAGUGAGUGACAGUCCCAAGGUCACUUAGUAAGCCUCAUGGCUGAGUGUAGAUUUGAACCCUGGUCUCUUCCAGGUCCUAGUCCAACACUAGCCACGACACUAUAUAAACCGAGACCUCUCUUGACUAGGAACAGGCAAAUCUGUCAAUCACAGUUUCUCUCAGUUUCUCAUUUAUCUGUGUUCAGUUUCCACAUCAGUUCACGAAUUCUUUUUCUUUUAAUGUCCCUAUGAAAAUCCACUAGUGUUUCAGUGCAAACUUCAUCUAAAAUAUACUUAAUACAUUUCUGUAUGUUAUUUUCAGUAAUUAUAUGCCUUUUUAUGCACACUUUACCCUAGUUAGUACAUGCACAUUUUUGUACAUGUUACUUGACUUUUGUACAUGUUACUUGACAUUGCUAAAUUCAGAGAAGCAAACAUUGCAAAGGAUGGUCAUGCUUCUGUCCGCAUAUAGUUACAGGAAGUGAGAAUUAGGUAGAGUCACCUUUCUAUGUGAACUGAGUCACAUUCCUUCGCCAUUCCUAACUAUUGAGUACCAGCUGGGGAAGUUGCGUGUGUUUUAUGAGUACAUGGUCAUUUGCCAUUGCAAACAGACAGGAAGGGACAUUGCAUUCUAGGUCAGCCUUUGCCAGCCUGGUGCCCUCCAAAUGUCUUUGACUACAACUCCCAUCAGCCCCAACUGGUGCAGAUGGUUUGGAUGCUGGUCCAAAUCUUUGAGAGGGCAGAUGUUUGGCAAAAGGUUGUUUUUUUGCAGCUGAACUUGGACAUUUUUCACAAUAAUCUUUAUAUAGAGGAUGCUAGGUAAUGCACUGAGCAUUGUCUUCUGUAGCCGUUUUACAUAAAUGCUGCUCCAAAGGUAGUUUCUUACCGUGGCCAUUAGGGCUGGGCGAUAGGUUUUCAGCUUCGUGAUAUAUCACCAGCUAAAUAUCACAAUAUAUUGAUAUAUCACGAUGUCUGAAAUAAGGAUGGAGCUAUGUAGAAGCAUUGGCUGGCUUCACUGUCAUUCCCACAUUGUGAUUUUUGUACAGCACACACAUACAUCAUGAUUCACUAUAUAUUGCCAGGAUAUAUAUAUAUCUCACCCAGCCCUAGUGGCUAUCCAGAAAGGCAGAAGGAAGAGCACUAAGCCUUAACUCUGUAAAAGCAAUACUACCCAGAGCCAAAGCAAUCAAUUCUGAAUUGCUUUUUGAUGAUCUGUAUUAAUACAGGGAUAUAGCCUAGAAAGUCUCAAGGAAUGGAGAGUUAACGUAUCAGUCAAAGAAGCUCUCUCAUACACAGAAAAACUCUGCCUGCCAUUUAGACGCUGAGUGGACUGAACAUGUGAAGAUGACCCAUUUGCCCAUCUAGCUCAGCCCUCUCCUUUGUCUGGGGGGCAGCAGCAUCUAUCCAUGGCAUCUGGGGAGGGGGUACCUCCCCAUCCACGUGCUUCCUGGUACAGUGGUACCUCGGGUUACAGACGCUUCAGGUUACAGACUCCGCUAACCCAGAAAUAGUACCUCAGGUUAAGAACUUUGCUUCAGGAUGAGAACAGAAAUCGUGCUCCGGCAGCAGCAGGAGGCCCCAUUAGCUAAAGUGGUGCUUCAGGUUAAGAACAGUUUCAGGUUAAGAACGGAUCUCCAGAACAAAUUAAGUUCUUAACCAGAGGUACCACUGUAUUGGAAAUCCUUAACUGAAGAGGCCAGCUGGGAGUUGAACCCAGUGCCCUUCCCUUGCCAAGCCUUUGAGCAUUGUGCCACACGUUCCCCGGGGGGGGGGGCAUUCCACGCCACCAUCCUUCUUUCCUGACUCUCUUGGGCUCUUUCCCCCCACCCCAGAGUCCACGAGGACUGGGAGAAUUUUGUCCAGAGCUUCCGCUCCCGCAUGGAGAGCAUCUACUUCCCAGACACGGUGGAGGAAUGGAUGGAGGAGAACGUCAACCCCUACCUGGACCGGUUGCGCGAGUUUGUCCGGGACUUCAGGGAAGUCAUCCGCCUCAACGCCCGGCCCAAGGCCCUGUAG